CCCAUUUUAAUAAAACACCACCUCUCCCUCUCUCUCACACACACUCUUCCUAGUGCUCUCUUUUGUCUGCAUGCUUUGCCCAACCUCAUAGUAUUAAUUUUUGCCUAAGAAAUGUAUCGCCUACUUCAAACAACUCUAAGAAACGCCACCCAGGCUGGCUGCAAUGUAAAAGAUGUUUCAGCACGUAAAAUCUUGCAGAAUGAUUUGGUUCGGGCUUUCACAGCUGCGAAAUCAUAUGGUUCAGAAGCAUCUGCUCAGGAGGAUCUUCCAUCACCUAAUGAGAAAGACUUUAAGGGGCAUGAUAUGCUAGCUCCCUUUACGGCUGGAUGGCAGUCUGCAGACGUGAACCCUCUAGUAAUCGCAAAGUCAGAGGGGUCCUACGUGUAUGAUGUUAACGGAAAAAAGUAUCUUGAUGCUCUUGCUGGUCUAUGGUCCACUUGUCUUGGUGGCAACGAGCCUCGUCUUGUUGAAGCUGCAGUGAAACAACUAAACACCUUGCCGUUUUAUCACUCCUUUUGGAACCGUACCACAAAACCCGCUUUGGAUCUAGCGAGUGAGCUAUUGGAGAUAUUCACGGCUAGAAAAAUGGCUAAGGCCUUCUUCACGAACAGUGGAUCGGAAGCCAACGAUACCCAGGUGAAGUUGGUUUGGUAUUACAAUAAUGCCCUCGGGAGACUGGACAAGAAGAAGUUCAUUGCUCGAUCAAAAUCAUACCAUGGUUCGACGCUUAUAGCAGCCAGUCUCUCCGGUUUGCCUGCUCUGCACCAGAAAUUUGAUCUACCGGCUCCGUUUAUUUUACAUACCGACUGCCCUCAUUAUUGGCGCUUCCACCAACAAGGUGAAUCGGAGGAGGAAUUCUCGACCAGGUUGGCCAAGAAUUUGGAAAACCUUAUCCUCAAAGAAGGACCCGACACGAUUGCUGCAUUCAUAGCAGAACCGAUUCUGGGUGCUGGCGGAGUUAUACUUCCUCCUGCAACGUACUUCGAAAAGGUUCAAGCAGUCUUAAAGAAGUACGAUAUUCUUUUGAUUGCUGAUGAGGUAAUAUGUGCAUUUGGAAGGCUCGGGACGAUGUUUGGCUGUGAUAAGUACGGAAUCAAACCUGAUCUGGUCUCCAUAGCAAAGGCUCUCUCUUCUGCAUACCUACCUAUUGGAGCUAUUCUUGUCAGCCCCUGAUGGAUCCGCGAAUUUCUGACGUUAGUAAAUGCUGGUAGAGAAUGAAGAUUAUGACACAAAGAAUUUACGUGGUUCGAUUUACUGAAGUAAAUCUACGUCCACGGGAAAAAGGGAGGGCAAG